AUGUCAACCGCUGCGCAAGAGUCAGCAAUGAUGGUCUGUUAUAGAGAAAGCUUACAAAAUUUGGGAAAAUUUACCGGAGAAGAAAACAAAAAAAUUUCUCAAUUUAUAAACAAUAUUGAAAGAAUUGGGAAAAUGAUUGGAGCGAAAGACGAAGUUUUAUAUUGCAUGUGUACAGCAAAAUUAAAUGGGGAAGCACAACGUUGGUAUGAAGCUAAUACAUCAUUAACCGAAUGGAAUGAUUUAAAAGAAGCAUUGUUCGAACGAUUUGAACACACAGAAUCCUUAUCAAAAAUAUUUGAACAAUUGAAAGAACGAAAACAGCAAUCAGAUGAAACAAUCACGUCAUAUUACGACGCCAUUAUUAAAUUAUGUCGUGAAUAUGAUCCAUCAAUGUCUCAACGAAUGAUGAUAUCGUGGAUAGAAAACGGUGUCAAAGAUUCAUUAAAAAUUCAAAUAAAACGUCAAAUGAAAGCAUUCACGGAAUCAGUAAGAACAAUUCAGGCAUUUUUUAAAAUUGCCAAAGACGAACAAGAACUACAACAAGAAAACUUUUCCGAACUUCAACCGACACAAUCUUAUUUACCGUACUUCAAUAAUACAGUAUCGACAACAUUACCACGAACCACAAAUCAGUUUCAAAAUCCACCUCCGCAAACAUAUACCAAUUCUCAACCGAGUAAUCUAUCCUAUCGACCGAAUCCUCCGUACGUUCGAUUGCAAAAUCCACCUAAUCUGCAAACAUCGCUAGCGAAACCCUAUAACCCGGUGAACUCACAACGCUCUCCGAUAGUAUGA